GGAGGACACCCACACAGUUGGUGUGCAGGUUAUUCAGCUGGACCUUGGAAAAGCCACCACCACCUGUGGGCCAUGAUGCUACCCCAGUGGCUGCUGCUGCUCCUUCUCCCCUCCUUUCUCUUAGUCCUCACCAGGGGUUCAUUUUCUCCAACAAACAAGCUUUUGGAUCUCAAGGAGUUUUGCCAACGGAAUCAGGAUUGCAAGUCUGGGUGCUGCCGACAGGCUCCAAACACCUGCGAGGCGCACUGCACGGAGAAGGGGUCCGAGAGCAGCUUGUGUCAAGUGCAGGUGGGUAUCGGCUGCUCCCAGGGAGAGCCAGAGGGGAUCCAGGGGAAGGAGGAGCCAGAGCGGGUGCAGAUUCCUGGAGAAGGAAGAAGCGUAGGUAGGCGGAAAUGCCCUGGAGCCUGGAAUUCUCCUGUGGGACUGCACCUCCAAGCCUUCUGGGGGAGCCUGUUGACGGAACCAAUAUGGGAGCCCACCCUAGGGACUUGGAAUCUUGGACGUGGGUGGGAAGGCGAUGCUUCACUCUCUAAUGUGGGUUCUCAUUCUCCAGGGGUCCUCUCAGCAAACCCCAAAAGUAGUAUAGUAAAUGAGCACAUCUAGGUCCGGCCUCUGCCCCAGACCCCGUCUACAUCCAGCCCAGGAGUUCUGCUGUGGCCUGGGUGUUCCUGGUGGAGGAUGGGCAGAGGCAGCCUCUGAACUGGGUGUGUGGGGGAGGGAGUUGAUUUGGCCAUAGAAGGAUUUAAAGACAAGACUCAGAGGCCCCACCAUGGUGUGUUCAUGGACUUAGGACAGCCAUAUGGGUCAGUGGCAGGCAGGGUGACAAAGACUGGAGCUGGGAGGGCAGUGAGCAAUCCAGGUGCCAGCCUAGAGAAGGCAGCCAGAGGCACCACUCUGAGCAGCUGGCAAGCUAUCCUUUAUCCCCGGCUCCUGGCUGUGGGCAAGCACGUGGUCCCUGGAGUUGGGCUGGGCUGGGCUUAGGGGCUAAGGGAAGAGCUGCCUCCAAGGUCAAGGUCAAAGUCCUAUCUUUCCCAGGCAUUCUUUGGCCAAUAUAGAGAGUGUCCCUGCCAGCGGAACCUGACUUGCGCAUAUCCUAAGAAUGCGAAAUGGCUUAGCAUCACCUAUGGCUUUUGUCAGAAAGUUGAAAAGAAGACGUUGGCCCGCAGAAUGUUCUUCUAGUGCUCCCUCUUUCUUACUGCCUCCUCCUCUUCCGCCUGCCCUCCUCCCUACCCAGAGCUCUGGGUUCCACCUUGUUCCCCAGAGCCUCCGCCAUUAGUGGAGGGAAGGAGGAAGUAGUGAUGGACCAUCAUUGAAAUAAAGAGCUUUCAAUGUUUGCAGCCCACAGAGUUGGGGCCUGAGUGGGCUGGGCUGGGGUGGGCAUGGUACAGGUUUCUGGCAGGUGGGAGGUGAAAUGAGGGAGGAAGCAGGAAGGGACACUGUUGGGCUUGGGGGUCUUUCCCCAGUGGGGGCAUGAAUGAAAGUCCCCCAAAGGAGACCAAAGCUCCCUUCCCACCCCAACCCCUUUCUGCCUUCAGCCCAGUCUAUAAGCUACCCCCUGAAAGCCUUGUUUAUACCUGAUAUUCCAUGACCUUAAAUUUCAGAAAUGUGAAAGAAGGAACACAAAACCUCCAUGUGUAUAAAGAAUUGAUGGUGUUUAUUGAGCACUUCCUAGAUGCCAGGGGCCUUACACACAUGAUCUCAUUUAAUCUUACAACAAACCCGUGCAGUCAGUCCUGUUAUCCUCUCUGUUUUACAGGUAGGGAAAGAGGGCUGAGCAACCUGUUCAAGGUCAGACAGCUGGAAAGUGCUGAAUCUGAAUCUUUUGAGAGGCAAGAGAAGAGGGGAAAGAGAAGGGAAGAAAGAAAGGAAGGAGAGCCUAGGAAAGUGAGAAAGAAAGACUGGAGCAGCGACUGCGAUGUGGGGUUGGGGAGAUAAUGGGUCAAGUGGAGUUUUAGGAAGUCUCACUGUGUGUGUGAGGCUUUUCCAGUUAGAUGCUAGCUUGUUUGUUUGUGUGUAGUGCCCAUUAUAUUCAGGUUACAUUUUGGAGUUAAUUCAGAUUUUGGACCUAAGGUUCCAUAUUCAGCCACCAGAACUGAGCCAAACGUGCCCUUCAGGAUGUUGGGCUUAGGAUGCAAG